AUGGCUGCUCAUGCUCCUUCCCUGGAGGGAGGCAACCUGCUUACCGACGUCUGGGUUGAUGCUCCCGGAACAGUUGUUCUUGAAAACUCUUCUUCGGCACUGAAACACGGAAAAGAUGGAGAACUGAUCCUAUAUCCCCAACCAUCCACAGACCCAAAUGACCCAUUGAAUUGGUCCAUGAGACGAAAGAUUGUGAAUUUUUCCAUCGCAUCGUUCUACGUACUGAUGGUCUUUGCAAUGCUUGACAUCGGGGUCGUUGUGUUUCAGGACUACAAUACCCUUCUUGACAUCUCAUACGACAACUUGAACAACACCUUUGCUGCAAAUUGUGUCGGAUUGGCUUUCGGGUGUGUUCUCUUCAUCCCAUUCUCGAUCAAAUAUGGACGACGCCCCGUCUACCUUGUCACGACGUUCGUGCUGUUCCUCUGUGGAAUCUGGCAAGCCGCGUUGCGCGACUACCCGAACAUGGUUGCUGUCAACGUGUUCGAUGGUCUCGCCGGCGCCGUGGCAGAUACAAUUGUGCAAAUGACGAUCAAUGACCUGUUCUUCCUGCAUCAGAGAGGGAGGAUGAAUGCAGCAUACCUCACGUUCAUGAACAUAGGGGUAUAUCUUGCACCUGUCGUUGCUGGCUACAGUGCUGUCAGCCAGGGUUGGCCGUGGAUAUACUGGUGGUGUACCAUUUUCGUCGGCAUCAACUUCCUCAUGUUCGUCUUCUUUUACGAGGAGACCAAAUACGUCACAACCCUGGUAGGCAUCACCGCAGCCACUAGUGCGAGUAAAAGCGUCCAAAUAGCCGGUCAAAACAAAGAGUCUUCGCAGGGUGUCAAGGGUGCCGAAAGCCCACCAUCAGAGCUGACAUCUGUGCCCGAAAUCGAUAGCACAAUACCACUCAAAACCUACCGCCAGCGCCUUGCGUGGACUACGACGACCCCAGGAUCGUUUGCAGACUUCCUUCGCCACUUCUACCAGCCGUUUAUGAUGUUGACGAUACCAGGAGUUCUGUAUGUUGCGCUUCAAUUCGGCGCCUUCCUAUCAUGGGUCUCUGUGGUCGCAGUCACAGAGUCUGACUACUUCUCGGCGGCACCAUAUAACUUCACCACCAUCGGCAUUGGGCUUUUGAAUCUGCCUCCAUUCAUCGGCGCCAUAAUAUCUACCGCUUAUUCAGGACCGCUCAGUGACUGGUCUAUCAUUCAGUUGGCCAAGCGGAAUGGAGGUGUUUACGAACCGGAGAUGCGUUUGUACCUGACUAUCUUUCCUGCCCUUCUCGGUCCGGCUGGCAUUUUCCUGUAUGGCUUCAGCCUAGCCAAGGACGCUCAUUGGAUCAUCCCAUGCGUGGGUGUUGCAUUGUAUGGGUUUUCUCAAGCAUCGAUCCAGGCUCUGAGCUUAUCAUAUCUCAUGGACUCUUAUUCAGAGAUUCUAGGCGACGCCCUUAUCGGAGUGACAUUUGUACGGAAUAUCAUAGCAGCAGGCAUCGUCUUCGCGACAGGGCCUUGGAUUGAUAGCCUGGGAUUGUACAACACGUUUGUAUCCCUUGGAUGUCUAUCUCUAUUCUUCACGCUGCUGGCUGUCCCCAUGAUCAUCUGGGGCAAGAAAAUGAGGAUCAUGUGCAAAGAUCGAUACGAAGCUUAUUCAAAGGUGCACCGUACAUAGAUCAGAAACCAGAGCAUAUG